GGCCCCAUGGAGAUGCUGCGGUGGCUGUGCGGUGGGAGGCCGGUCUGGAGUGUGAGUGAAGGCCGAGAGACAGCCGAGGACAACCAUGAGUGUGGGCAGCGUGUCCUCCCUGCUGGGCUGCCCCGGCUGGCGUGAGGCGUUCCCGGUGCUCAGACAGCAGUUCAAUCGGCUGGAGGAGAGGAUGAGCUCCAGAGACACAUGUGAGAGUGGUUACCUCAGCCUGGGCCAGACCCUGAGCCGUGAGGAGGGUGUUGGUCCUGCCGUGCUGGCCAUGGAGCCGGUGGGGAGCCCCACGCAGGAGCCCCCUGACAGCCUCGAGAUGCAGCUGAAGGUGGACUUCUUCCGCAAGCUGGGCUAUUCCUCGGAGGAGAUCUACGUUGUACUCCAGAAGCUCGGCCUGAACGCUGAUACCAACACUGUCCUUGGGGAGCUGGUGAAGCAUGGCCCAGCUGAGCGAGACCCCACAGAGACCCCUCAGGAGACCAAGGAGGCUCCUUUGGUCCCUCGAGGAGGAGCUGCCAACAAGACCCCUGCACCUGUGCCACCUUUGGAAGAGAAGGAGAGCGAUAACCUGAAGCCCAUUGUUAUUGAUGGAAGCAACGUGGCAAUGAGCCAUGGAAAUAAAGAGGUGUUCUCCUGCAGAGGUAUCCUUCUGGCUGUGCAGUGGUUUUGGGACAGGGGACACAAGGAUAUUACAGUGUUUGUGCCAUCUUGGAGGAAGGAGCAGCCACGACCAGAUGUACUUAUAACAGAUCAGUACAUUCUUCGUGACCUGGAAAAGAAGAAGAUUCUGGUCUUCACUCCUUCCAGACGGGUUGGGGGCAAACGUGUUGUCUGCUAUGAUGAUCGAUUCAUUGUGAAGCUGGCACAUGAGUCUGAUGGCAUUGUGGUUUCUAACGAUACUUAUCGGGACCUGCAGAAUGAGCGUCCUGAGUGGAAGAAAUUCAUUGAGGAGCGUCUACUGAUGUAUUCCUUUGUUAAUGACAAGUUUAUGCCUCCAGAUGAUCCAUUGGGGCGGCACGGUCCCAGCCUGGAUAACUUUCUGAGAAAGAAACCUGUGGUGCCAGAACACAAGAAGCAGCAGUGCCCUUAUGGGAAGAAAUGUACUUAUGGAAUUAAGUGUAAAUUCUACCACCCUGAAAGGAUCAAUCAGCCCCAGCGCUCAUUAGCUGAUGAACUCCGAGCCAAUGCAAGAUUGUCUCCUACCAGAAGUACCAGUGCUGUCAAGGAGGAGAAAAAGGGCAAAAGAGGUUCCCAGGCAGAGCUCUUGUGCUCUGUGCCCACAGAGAGUGAUAAAAGCUCUUUGCAGAAGAUCUCUGCAGAGAGGAAAAGCUUGACACAUAAAACAAAGCCCAGUGAUGUUCCACUUCAGAUCAAAGGCUGUGUGUCAGGCAGUGUUCCUGCUAACAGUGGGAGCCACAGGUCCUCUGAAAGGUACCAGCAUCCUCAUAUGGACUCUCUGUCUUACAUCUCUCAGGAGCAUCUUGACUCAGGCAUUGGGUCUCUGGAGAACCAAUUGUCUGACAUGUGGCCUUACAGAUCUACCAGUCACUGUGAUCACUCCCAUGCUGAGCAGGUGACAGUCUGCACCUGUGGUAGGCAGAGACCUGUCUACCCACACUCUCCUAGCUUAGAGCAAAAUGGUCUGGUCUCUUACAAGCAUGGUUCCCAUAAAUCUUCUGCUUCUGGUGCUAGCUUCUUGCAGUAUAACCCUGAGAUACCUCACUCAGGGCCACCUCACUCUUUCUCAGGCUAUGGAGUACCUGUCCAUCCAGCUAAUGCUGGGCAGUACAGUCUCCCCAGUGAGUAUAAUGCCCCUUCUCUUCCUUCACUUCAUUCUCGUGAGUACUGGUCUGAGCCCUACCAGAUGCCUCCUCCCCAGGUGAGAUCUACCAGCGUUCGAGAUCCUCACUCAGUGCAGAGAGCCCCAGGGCCAACAUAUGGUGACUCCUGUCAGUGGAAUGUCUCUGAUCAGUUUGCAGAGGAGAGGGCCAACAUUCAUGUCAAACUGUGUGGCAUAUUCCAUCCCCAUUUAGUUGAUGCUGUGAUGAACCGUUUCCCUCAGCUUUUGGAUCCCCAAAAGCUAGCUGCAGAGAUACUAACCUACAAAUCCCAGAACCCAGGUAUAUGAAGCAGAUGCCAAGGGUAGCCAGCAUGCUAAGCUUGUGGGCAGUGUUUGCACUCUGUAGCUGCCGUAGAUGGCAUCUGCCUUUUGAGGGCUCCUCCUUGUUCCCUGCAAGUCCCAGGCUCCAGCUGGAGGCUGGGUACCAGAUGUGGCAUGCUCACAGUGAUUUCUGGUCUAGUCAUGACAGUGUGUCCCUCUUAAAGAUGUGAGAGCAGGUUAUGGUCCCUGUCAUCCUCAAAGGAUGCUGAAGAGAAUCUGGGUGCUGGACAGGAGAAAAGGCUGCUGUUUCAGAGCAGCCUUUCCUAUGGGAUUUACAUGGUGAGUUAGGCACACCCUAAAUUCCUGCAGUUCAGAACUGUGUAUGGCCUUAUUCCUCCCGUUAACUCAAGCUUUGUGUUGGCUUGGUAUAUUAGCAGGUAUACAGAGGGAGGGUUUUAUGGGGCUUGUGAAACAUAAAAAGAUGUAUGUGAAACAUACUAUCUCUAGUUGUGUGAGGCUCAUUUCUGAGGACUGAAAUGUGUUGUCAAGGCUAUUCCUAGCUCUUCACUAAGCCUCUUUGCUAAACUGUACCGUGCAGAUCUGUGGAGAACAUUGGAUUAUAAAUCCAACAUGAAGUUAGGUUUAGCUGUCUUAAAUUUGACUUUAUUGGUGCACUUGUUUAGUGAUACCCCUGCCACUUCAGCUCACCUUCCUGAGGUGAGGCAAUUCUAUGAUAUAUACCACAAGUGCUCAGCAAGCUGCUCAGCUCCCAGAAGUAUGGGGAGCUAUGGGUAUAAUUCAGCCUGGGAAAGGAAGGAAGACCUGAUGCUGCUCCAAAGCUGUAAGUGAGCUGUGUGUUUGGCACUUGCUGGAGGAGGCUGGAGUUGUCAGAAUGUGGAUGGCCAUGCUGUUGAGGCUGCUCUGAAGCAUUGUCCUUGCCUGGUAUCCUGUCUUUGGCUAUCUGUGUAACACUGACAAAGAGGAUUUAUGAUACAGUGCCUUUUGUCUUCAGACAGCAAUAGUUUUGAGCAUUCAGUAAAACAGCUGCUGCCAAUACUGUUUCUGAGGACUCCUUAAUGCUUUUCUCUGUAAAGCUGUUGCUUCGUCUUCCUUCUCACCAAUAUUUUCCUGUCCCCUUCAGCUUUGUCAGACUGUCACAGCAUCCAAAAAUGUAGAAUGAGACUUACUCGAUAAGGCUGUUCUCCUUUCAUUCCUUGUUCCUCUAAGUUGUGUUGUUGUUUUUUUUUUUAAUUGUAGAUACUGUAAUAGAUUUUAAAUAUGCAAAAAACAAUUGCUGUAGUAAUUGGUUCUGGUCCUGGAAUUUCACUGUGUUAUGGUGCAGGGAUGUUUCCUGCACUGCAGGCCAGAAGCAGUUGAUUUGUUGAUGCACAUUGUAUCUGUGUUUUGUGUGUUGGGUUUUUUUUAAGUACGUCCAUCUCGUGGUUAAACCAAGGCUGUCGAGUGGCAGAUCAUAAAGGGGAGAGUGGAAUACAGUGGAAAACUGAGGAAUGGUUUUGUCUAUUACUGAUCUUCCCUCUGUCCAAGGAGUGACCUACCCAAACAGGCACCAUGUGCCAUAAAAACCACAGGGACACAGAAACCUGUAUACCUGGUUAAUGAUGAUACAUUACAAAUUAGUAAUGUUUCAUGUUAGUAAGCAAAAUGCUUCUUAAUUUUAAGUAACCUGAUACUUCUCGUAUUUGUAAAUUACAGGAAAAAAGAAAAGGUUUUUAAUGUUAUUGUCCAACAACUUGCUGCUUGAUGCUGUUUUUCAUUAGUGCUAUCCUUGACUCAGCCAUUGUGUUACUUGGCGUGGUGUGUUUUGUUUUCCUGGCAGAGUGCUGAUAUACUCCUGCAGUCAGAAGGCUAACAAUUUCUGCUCAAAAGCUGACAUGUUACUGUACUUUGUGUAUCGUUAUGCAGUAUAUAGGUUAUGUACUGAAUGGAGGCAGCUGUGUGGAAGCCAUGGCGAAGUAAGAACUCAUGUUAUAUAAAUAAAUACUGCUGAGUUGAA